GAAUGUGGAAGUUUAUUUUAUUAUUAGCGCUGUUUGCAUCAGCAUAUUGUGCACAAAAUAAUGGAAAACUCAAAUCAGAAAAUCCUAAAUUAUUAACCAAGUUUGCUGGUGAAAUUUAUCAGAAAUCAGUUGAAGGAAGAUCCGGAAAUGUCAUCAUAUCGCCAGCAUCAGUCCGUUCUGUUCUUACAAUGGCAUUAUUUGGAGCUGCAAGAAAGACGAGGACUGAGAUGAUAAGAGGUCUUAAAUAUCCUCGUAAUUUUAGUAAUGAUAAAAUAGCUGAUACUUAUGAAAAACUUGCUAAAAGUGUUGGUGAAAAUACGGACAUCAAAAUAGCCAACAAAGUUUACAUCAUGAACAAUUACACAAUUAAGCCCUCAUUCCAGCAAUUAGUGACAAGGAGCUUUAAAUCUAAAGCUGAAAGCAUUGACUUUAAAAAGAAUGUCGAGGCAGCAGGAAUUAUCAAUGAAUGGAUUGAAGGUCAGACAGAUAAUAUGAUCAACAAUCUUAUAUCACCUAGCUUGCUCAAUAACGACACAAGGAUGGUUCUUGUCAACACUGUUUAUUUCAAAGGCAUCUGGCAAUAUAAAUUUGAAAUCUUGAACUUUAGAAACAUGCCGUACGUAGAACCUUUCUAUGUCAGUGAAACUGAGUCAGUUGACAUUGAAAUGAUGAAAUUGAACGAAAAUCUAUUUUAUGCGGAUUUUGAUGAAUUUGAUGCAAAGGCACUGAGGCUUCCAUAUAAAAACUCUAGUGUUGAAAUGCUUAUAGUGCUGCCAAGAAAAAGAACUGGCUUAGCUGAUUUGGAAGAAAAGCUAAGCAGUUUAAAUAUUAAACAUUUAUGGAAGGAAAUGUAUGAAACCAAAGUUGAUGUGUCGAUACCAAAGUUCAAGAUCGAGUAUGAAAUUGAAUUGAAGGAACCACUUGAGAAGAUGGGUAUGAAGCGUAUGUUCUCAAAUGAUGCAGAAUUUGGUAACAUGUUAAACAGCAAUGAGCGCUUACAUAUCUCAAAAAUCAUCCAUAAAUCCUUAAUUGAAGUCGACGAAGUGGGCUCUAAAGCUGCGUCAUCAACGGCUGGAAUGGUUCUUGAGACCCGAAUGGGAGGAGACUUUGAUUUGGAAAGAGAAGAAAAUUUUUAUGCUGAACAUCCUUUCUUGUUCUUUUUGAUUGAGAAAAAAACAACUCAAAUUUUGUUUUUGGGAAGAGUUGUGAAAUUUUAAUUUUGUUUUUGUAUUUUAACUAUUUAUAUUUGGGGUUUCCAAGGCUUGGAAACUCA